AUGGGCGACUGGAGCUUUCUGGGGCGACUCCUGGAGAACGCGCAGGAGCACUCCACGGUCAUCGGCAAGGUCUGGCUCACCGUGCUCUUCAUCUUCCGCAUCCUGGUGCUGGGCGCCGCGGCCGAGGAGGUGUGGGGCGACGAGCAGUCGGACUUCGUCUGCAACACCCAGCAGCCCGGCUGCGAGAACGUGUGCUACGACCGGGCCUUCCCCAUCUCCCACAUCCGCUUCUGGGUGCUGCAGAUCAUCUUCGUGUCCACGCCCACGCUCAUCUACCUGGGCCACGUGCUGCACAUCGUGCGCAUGGAGGAGAAGAGGAAGGAGCGCGAGGAGGCGCUGCCGAGGGGCGACGGCGCGCACCAGGGCGCGGCGGGCGCCAAGGACAAGCCCCCGGCGGCGCGGGACGACCGCGGCAAGGUGCGCAUCGCGGGGGCCCUGCUGCGCACCUACGUCUUCAACAUCAUCUUCAAGACGCUGUUCGAGGUGGGCUUCAUCGCCGGCCAGUACUUCCUGUACGGCUUCGAGCUGAAGCCGCUGUACCGCUGCGACCGCUGGCCCUGCCCCAACACGGUGGACUGCUUCAUCUCGCGGCCCACGGAGAAGACCAUCUUCAUCCUCUUCAUGCUCGUGGUGGCCUGCGCGUCCCUCCUGCUCAACAUGCUGGAGAUCUACCACCUGGGCUGGAAGAAGCUUAAGCAGGGCAUGACCAACCGCCUGGGCGCGGACCCCGGGGAGGCCGGGCUGGUGGCCGCAGAGCCCCCCGCGCUCCCCGGGGCGGUCACCAUCGGGUUCCCGCCCCACUACACGCGCGCCGCCUCGCCGGUGGCGCAGGCCGGGCCCGCGGGCUACCCCGGGGCGCCGCCACCGCCGGCGGGGGCGGACUUCAAAGUGGUGGCCCUGUCCGAGGCGCCCGGGAAGGGCCACCCGGCCAGACUCUACGACGGCCACCACCUGCUGGUGGCCGAGCAGAACUGGGCCAACCAGGCGGCCGAGCAGCAGGCCCCGGCGCGGAAGGCCUCGCCCGCCGCGUCCACGCCCGCCGCGCCCAGCCCCGCGGGCAGCAGCAGCCCCGGGCCGCUCCCGCCCGACGCCGCCGCCGCCGGGGACGCCCAGGACGCCGAGGCGGGCGGCGCGGCGCCCCUGCUGCUGGCGGACGGCAGCGGCAGCAGCCUGGAGGAGGGCGCCCUGGCCGCGACGCCCGAGGAGGAGGAGCAGGCGCUGACCACCGCGGCCGAGAUGCACGCGCCGCCCGCGGAGCCCGCGGAGCCCGGCCGGUCCAGCAAGGCCAGCAGCGGGCGCGCCCGGCCGGACGACUUGGCCAUCUAGUGGUGGCCUCUCCAGACAGCUUUAUAACAUUCUCGUUUCUAGAAACCAACACCAAAGUGCAGUUCAA